AUUUCCGAAACUCUAGAUUUGGCGCUCUUCAUCUCUCUCUCUCAAUUAACUGGCCAAGUGAAGUGUCGCUUCUAACAUUUUGCCCUAGGUUUUUUCUCCUGCAAUCCUUCAGUUUCCUCUAAAAAUUUUAACCCAUCAUUUCGAGUUUUCUCUUAUUCUCUCUCUAUCCAAACAUCUAUCUGUGCCCAAAAGUCCCUAAUUUGAGGGCUUCGAUGGAGGUAAAUCUGACGGGAGGGGCAGUGGCUCGUAUUAUAAACAGAGAGGUGUCGACGGAGAGGGAUUUGAAACCUUUGCUUCAAGUCAUAGAGUUGAAAGAGGUUCAAACGACGUCUAAGAAUCCGCAGCAGCAGCAGCAAGAACCGAAAAAGAGCGAGAGGUAUAGGCUAUUGCUAUCGGAUGGGUCGUUGACGCAGCAAGGAAUGCUCGCUACCAGUAAGAAUGAACUUGUGAAAUCCUCGAAGCUGCAAAUUGGCUCCGUUAUUCAAUUGACUCAGUACAUUUGCAACGUAAUCCAAGAUCGCAUGAUUGUUAUUAUCAUUGAGUUGGAUGUGAUAGUUGAAAAAUGUGAUAUUAUUGGGAAGCCUGUAGCAGCACCAAGAUCUUCUAGGCUAACACAAGCCCCUACUGAUCAACCUGGGACGGUGAUGGCACAGAGCAAUUCAUUAGGGGGAAGCUCAGUUGGUGGCAGCAUGGCUGAUAGGUUGAACUCAGCUGGGACCACUCUGCAACAGCCUAGAAUGAAUCAAUGGCAUGGUAAUUCUCGUUCAAAUGAAUCUGAUCAGAUAAACUAUCCUGCUGCAAAUGCACCACCCUCUUAUCCCAAAGCGGAUCCUUCUGCCGGUUUUCCUGGAUCAUCACCCCUAGAUAGACCAUAUGGUGUUCAGAGUACGGGUUUCAAUAAUCCGAGGCCAGCAACUUCACGUCCUCUAAGCACCUCUAACUACCAAUCCGUACCUACAUAUCAACAGCCAUCCCCAAUGUACACUAACCGGGGGCCUGUUGCCAAGAAUGAGGCACCACCCAGGAUAAUCCCAAUUUCUGCUCUGAAUCCAUAUCAGGGCCGCUGGACAAUAAAAGCCAGAGUAACAGCAAAGGGAGAACUUAGGCGCUACAACAAUGCACGCGGUGAAGGAAAAGUUUUCUCUUUUGACCUCCUUGAUUCUGAUGGUGGAGAAAUACGGGUGACCUGCUUUAAUGCUGUGGUUGACCAAUUCUAUAACCAGAUUGAAACUGGUAAGAUAUAUUUGAUUUCUAGGGGAAGUCUAAAACCCGCUCAGAAGGCAUUUAAUCACCUUAAUAAUGAGCAUGAAAUACUUCUUGAUAGCACAUCAACAAUACAGCCAUGUUAUGAGGAUGACAACAGAAUUCCACGACAGCAAUUUCAUUUCCGUACCAUAAGUGAUAUUGAAUGUAUGGAGAACAAUAGUAUUGUGGAUAUAAUUGGUGUAGUAUCAUUUAUCAGCCCUGCUGCUUCAAUAAUGAGAAAAAAUGGUGUUGAAACUCAGAAGAGAACCCUUCAUUUGAAGGACAUGUCUGGCCGAAGCGUUGAGUUAACUUUAUGGGGAUCUUUAUGCAAUGCUGAAGGACAAAAGCUCCAAUCUUUGUGUGAUUCUGGGGAGUUUCCAGUUCUAGCUGUGAAAGCUGGUAGGGUGAAUGAUUUUAAUGGGAAGGCAGUGGGCUCUAUCUCUUCAACCCAGUUAUUUAUAGAUCCUGAUUUUCCUGAGGCUCAUAGUUUAAAGAAUUGGUUUGUCACUGAUGGGAGGAACACUCCUACUGUCUCUAUCUCCAGGGAAACGUCAAGUGUGAGUAGAACAGAUAAUAGAAAAACUUUAUCACAAGUCAAAGAUGAGAAGCUCGGAACUUCUGAGAAACCAGAUUGGAUUACAGUGGCAGCAAGGAUUGCAUACAUCAAGUUGGACAAUUUCUGCUAUACAGCUUGUCCCAUCAUGAAUGGGGAUCGUCAAUGCAACAAAAAGGUUACAAAUAAUGGAGAUGGGAAGUGGUGGUGUGAUAAAUGUGAUAGGUCAGUAGAUGAAUGUGACUACAGGUAUAUAAUUCAGUUGCAGAUACAGGAUCAUACAGGCAUAAUAUGGGUGACUGCUUUUCAGGAAUCUGGUCAGGAUAUCAUGGGGGUGCCUGCAAAAGAUUUGUACUAUCUGAGGUAUGAAAACCAAGAUGAUGAAAAAUUUAUGGAAAUCACUCGUCGAGUUAUGUUUAAUAAAUACAUAUUCAAGUUAAAGGUAAAGGAGGAAACUUUUAGUGAUGAACAGCGUGUGAAAUCAACAGUGGUGAAAGUAGAAAAAGUAAAUUUUUCGUCGGAAGCGAGGUACCUUUUGGAUUUGAUUGCUAAGAUUAAAGCAAAUGAUUCAGGUCUUUUUGCACCAAAGGCAGAGUUUACCACUCCCAAUACUGGACUGGAUUACACCGGAGUUGGGAUUGAUGGAAGGAGGGAUCUUGCACCACCAACUGCUAGUAGAGAAUAUGGAUUACCAGUAAACCAAGGGGGUCAAUAUGGAAACCAUUAUGGUGGUUCUGGGGUUAGAGAAUCUGCUUCGAACAUGGAUAUAUUCUGUAAUAGUUGUGGGGUUACAGGUCAUAGCUCUACAAAUUGUCCUACCAUCAUGAAUGGUCCAGUACAGGCCAUUGGUAGGGGCUAUUCUGAUAGAGUAUUUACUGGGGCAAGUGUUGGUGGUGUCUCAGGUGAGUGCUUUAAAUGUCAUCAAACUGGACAUUGGGCCAGAGACUGCCCAAACUCUGGACGUUUACCUCCAUUGAAGCACUGAUUUUUCUUCAGGAAGAUAUGGAGGUGUUCAGAGGCAACAGGAGUUGGACAUUGGACUUGGGAGGCAUGAGUUGCUGCUGGAAUGCCAUUUGGACAACCUUAAAGUGAACUUAAUAGGUUAGGGCUUUCUGGUAGAGACUUGAGAUGGCGGUGGCCCAGGUUCUUUCAUUUUGUAUUGGGGUCAUGCAUGCGAAAAGCCUGAUGAACUUGGCAGUCUGAAAAGGGUAGCUUUUCAAGCAUUUUGGUUUUGGUGUAUUUAGUGCCGACUCUAUAUCUUUACAUAUUGCAUGGGUCUGUUUUCUACAUGUAAAAAAAUGGGAUUGUGGUAUAAUCUUUGGUUGUACUAACCUUUUGUUGCAUUGCGUGUUCCUGAAUUUUAUGACAAACACCUUCCAUUGGUUUGCACUGAAAA